AUGUCAAACUCGGACCCCAACCACAGUCGAAACCCCGCCGGCCAAUCAAUACCUCUGCAAAACCUCAACCGUCCGCCCGACGACACCACCAACGCCGACGAAAAUGCGCCGCAGCGACACAGGAGGACCCUCAGCGACCGCGGGCGCAACUUGUUUAGGCAGACGGGCUCCAUAACUACGGGACAGUUCAGGACUUCGCAGUAUACUCCCAUUGCCGAGGCGUCGCCCAGUCCCACACGAGAUGGACGUCGACCUCAACUGGACACGUCCGUGGCAUCGAAUCUGGGGAGUGUGCGAAGAGUAGACGACGAUGGGAUAGUGUCGUCGCCCAUAGACGCAGGCGCAUUCCAGGCUGCCAUUGGAUUCGGAAUGAACAUGAAUUUCGAGGGCGACACGUCACCGCCGCUCGCUACACCUACGUCGGAACGCUCGUACGACCCGUAUGGCCCGGUUCCCUACCUCGACAGAUCGACCUCUGAAGACCACGGCUACAACUCCUCGCCCAUCGACGACGACACGGCGCGUUUGACAGAUACGCGCAAUCUGCAGCCAAUAAGCGGGCUCAGCGCUUCCUCGUCUGCGUUUCAGCAGGAUCGUUCCAGUCUCCAGAGCGUGCAGUUCCUCAGUCCAGGAGAUGCAUCGUCCACAGCACGUCUUGGCGACGACAUGGGACAGUUGGAAGCCGGGAUGGGCGGACUCAGGGAUUCGAGGGGAAGGCAGCGGUCCCUAUCGCCUGGCCAGACCGCCUACGGGUUGCAUAGGGCGGGAACCAUGAUACGGAACAUGUCCCAGCGUGUCGCCAACGUCACCAACGAUUCCGAAGUUGCCGAGCGCACGAUUCGAAGAAAGUCCAGCGUUCCCCAACGCCGUUCCCAAAGACCACCUUCUUUUCCUACAGUGUCCGAGUACGAUGGCCCCUCCACGCCCGUGCCAUCGUCCCCUGUCGAGAAGCCGCCAUCACCUAGCCCUGGUUCUCGCACAUCAAGCAUGCAAUGGCAGCGACCCCCGAACCCUUUGCGUGGGAAAAGCUUGGGCAUAUUUUCUCCCAACAGCAAGUUGAGGAUGAAAUUGUGCGAUGUACUUGUCCACCCAGCCACCGAACCAGUGCUCCUCCUUCUCAUCGUCAUUCAGACCGUCCUGCUGGCCGUCGACGCACGCAACAAAGUUGCAUACGAUUCUGCUCGCAUCACAAAAAUCGCAGAAUUCUACCCUAUCGACUAUGCUCUCCUUGGCUUAUUUAUCGUGUACACUAUUGAGACUAUCGUUCGCAUCAUUGUGUCGGGCUUCAUAAUCAAUCCUGUCGAGUACAGCACGAUAAACAGGCAAGUUGGCUUGCGAGAGGCCAUUACGACCAAGGCCAACCAGCUCUUCGGAGGUCCACAACGGCAACCAUCCAAACGACGUACCGAUACAAACACUGAUCCAACUAUGGGUCCUCAACAACCUUCAGUCCUUCGAACUUUCACGACUGCCCAUGCUCAGAUCCACACAGAUAUUCGUCCAACUCUCAACAUCGGUGACUCGCAGCAGCAACAGCGCGUUCGUCUGGCUCACAGAGCGUACCUUAGGCACUCCUUCAACCGAACAGAUUUUGUCGCCGUUGUGUCCUUUUGGAUCGCGUUCGGCUUAAGCUUGGUCGACAUAGAAAACACCCGUGUUAUCCUCGUCUUUCAAAUGCUCAGUUGUUUGCGCAUCAUUCGCCUACUAAACCUCACCAGCGGUACCUCGGUGAUUCUUAGAAGUCUGAAGAAAGCCGCUCCUCUAUUACUCAACGUAGGCUUUCUCAUUGGAUUUUUCUGGCUUCUCUUCUCUAUCGUCGGCGUGCAAAGCUUCAAAUCAAGCUUUAGAAGAAACUGCGUAUGGCAAGGUGAAACCAACUACACAAACUCGGACCAGUUCUGUGGUGGUCACUAUGACCCUAACAUACUCGAUUCUAACGUUGCGCGAGGAUACGUGGACGCCAAUGGCAAACUCCUUGGUCCAGCAAGUGGAAAGGGUUUUUUGUGCCCCAGAGGAUCUCUAUGCGUUGAAGAUGCUAAUCCAUACAACGCCACGCAAAGCUUCGAUAAUAUUCUCCAGUCUAUCGAGCUGGUCUUCGUUGUUAUGUCGUCCAACACAUGGUCUAGUCUCCUCUACACCGUAGCGGACACGGACUAUCUCAUAAGCUCCCUCUUUUUCAUCGUAGGAAUUUUGAUUCUGAGUUUGUGGCUCAUCUCACUACUCAUUGCCGUUAUCACAUCGUCUUUCCAGAUCAUUCGCGAGGAGAGCGAGACGAGUGCCUUUACCGGAGCAGACCUCAGGGAAGAUGGCGCAGACGAAGGGCUGGAGAAGCAGCGCGUCAGUGGUUUGAAACGCAUCUACGACAAAACAAUCUGGAUAUGGGGAAUCAUCAUAGCCUACGGUCUCAUCUGUCAGAUGUUGAGAAGCUCGAUAAUGAGCCCCUUUCGGCGCUCUUUCAUCGAUGUAUCCGAGACUGCCGUCACAUUCAUACUGCUUAUUGAGAUCCUGAUACGGUUUGCUAUUGAUUGGCGACAUUUCUUCAGGGGCAAGCGAAACGUUGCCGACCUUGUAAUCGCCAUCAUCACGACAGUCAUCCAGCUACCAGUCAUCAAACACGCUCACGGAGGUAAAGCUUAUGCGUGGUUGACACUCUUCCAGAUUGCUCGCACCUACCGCAUCGUUCUGACAGUGCCAAUCACGCGAGAUCUUAUUAUGAUUGUCCUAAGGAACACCAGCGGUCUGGUGAAUUUGAUCGUUUUUGUGUUCCUCUUGACUUUUCUGGCCUCCAUCUUUGCCUCACAGCUCUUUCGUGGCGAGCUGCCCGAGGAACAAGACGGGGAAACAAUCCGGAUUUCCUUCUCCGACAUCUAUAAUUCAUUUCUGGGCAUGUACCAGAUAUUCUCCAGUGAAAAUUGGACAACAGUCCUAUACAACGUUACCAGCUACCAAGUCGCAUAUGGUACGGCUUGGAUUGGAGCUUCUUUCUGUAUCUUGUGGGUCAUCUUUGGCAACUUCAUCGUCCUGAAUAUGUUUAUUGCUGUCAUCCAAGAAAACUUCGAUGUUUCAGAAGAUGAGAAACGCUUGCAGCAAGUUAAAGCGUUUCUCCAACAGAAGGAACAGGGACUCAAUUCUUCCCAUGGCAACUUGUCACUCUCCUCUAUCUUCAAGGUCGGCCACGCCAACCGUAGAGAUCCAUUAGACUAUGGUUCUGCCGCUACUGAAAUGUUGCUCAAGGACGCAGUUGUCCGUGACUUUCUUGACGAAAGCGGUGAAGACGCACCACAUGAUCUUGAACCCCAACCAGGCAUUCGUCCGGCCAUGACAAUGGUAGGAUCUGGGACUUUGUCGACUGUAUGGCAACGGUUCCUGCGCAGGAUUGUCCAUCGAGAGCCUAAUCCCUUCUAUGCCCCUCUCGACUUCGGGCGUGCAUAUGAAGACCUUGAUCCAAGGAAAAUGGCGAAAGAAGUGGUUUCUGCGACGGAAAGACGAAAAAAGGCUCAGCGAGAGUUCUUGCGAAACCACCCAAACUAUAACGUGUCCUUGUUCAUAUUCAAACCUCAUAACCCGAUUCGCAAAUUCUGUCAACGUUUCGUGGGCCCCGGCCGAGGAGGUGAUCGCAUCGAAGGACUCGCGCCCUCAGUCCCACUUUGGUACGCUUUCUCUGCAUUCAUAUAUGCCGCGAUCAUUGCCAUGGUCCUUCUGGCGUGUGUCACAACACCGUUAUAUCAGCGCGAGUACUUCAAGACCCACGUAUUCGACGUGAGAAAUUGGUUUGUCUGGACCGAUAUGGGUUUUGCUAUCGUGUUCACACUCGAGGCUCUCAUCAAGGUCAUCGCCGAUGGCUUCUUCUGGACACCCAAUGCGUACUUCCGAGGCUCAUGGGGGUUCAUCGACGGUGUCGUGCUGUGUACUCUUUGGGUUAACAUCGGCACAUCUCUUAUGAACGAGGGCCAAGUCACCAGAACUGUGGGCGCUUUCAAAGCAUUACGAGCUCUGCGUCUGCUCAAUAUUAGUGAUAGUGCUCGAGACCAGUUCGACGCGCUUAUUGUUCGCGGGUGGUGGAAACUCUUUUCAGCUGCAUUUGUCUCCCUCAGCCUGCUGAUCCCGUUCGCCAUCUACGGAUUGAAUCUGUUCGUUGGGCAAUUCCAAUCUUGCAACGACGAUGGUUCUCUGAUAUCUGAUCUCAAUGACUGCGUCAAUGAAUUCGCGAGUUCACCAUACGGGUGGGACGUCUUGGCUCCACGCCAGGCAACUAAUCCUUAUUAUGAUUUUGACAACUUCGGAAAUUCUCUGUUCAUCCUGUUCCAGAUUGUCUCACAAGAAGGCUGGACAGAUGUCAUGUGGAAUGGCAUGAGCAUCACUGGUGUCUUCACGCAGCCGCAGCCCUUUGCAGCACGGGGUAACUCUGUAUAUUUCAUCAUGUUCAACUUGCUUGGUGCGGUCUUCGUGCUAACGCUGUUUGUCUCCGUCUUCAUGCGAAACUACACGGAGCAGACUGGUGUGGCCUUCCUCACUACGGAUCAACGUUCUUGGCUCGAACUUCGAAAGCUACUUCGGCAGGUCUCUCCAUCGAAACGACCGUCAUCAACCAAACAGCGGGAGACGUGGGAAGAGUGGUGUUACCGCCGGGCUGUACGCAGAACCGGACGAUGGCAGAGGACUAUUACUGCACUCCUGAUACUACACCUCGUACUUCUUUGCUUGGAGUGGUACCCGGGAUACGGUCCCUGGGAAAUCGCUAGAGACUACAUAUUCCUUCUGCUCACUAUCAUCUUCAUCGCGAAUAUCGUCAUCCGUAUCAUUGGUCUCUCAUGGCAUCGCUUCCGGAGGAGCUCUUGGGACAUAUUUUCCGUGUUUGCUGUGGCCGGAACUUUCUCCACCUCGAUACUCAAGCUGAUACAGAGCGACGGGCGAGUAUUUAUUCAGAUCCACAAGCUCUGCCUAGUCUCGCUCGCUCUCCUUCUGAUCCCCCGAAACAACCAGCUCGAUCAAUUGUUCAAAACUGCCGCAGCGAGUCUGACAGCAAUCGCGAAUCUCCUCGCCACAUGGUUCGUGCUGUUUCUUGUUUACGCUAUCGCUCUCACACAAACCUUCGGCCUCACCCGCUUUGGACCAAAUGAGACCGGAAACAUCAAUUUUCGAACUGUUCCUAAAGCCCUCAUCUUUCUCUAUACUAUGAGCAUGGGUGAAGGCUGGAACACUUUCAUGGAAGACUUCGCCAGCAUCGACAGGCCUUACUGCACAGAGGGAGAGAGAUACUUUGAAAGCGAUUGCGGUAGUCCUGAGUGGGCGCGAGCUUUGUUCAUCUCUUGGAACAUUCUGAGCAUGUACAUUUUCGUCAACUUGUUUGUCUCGUUGAUCUAUGAGAGUUUCAGUUACGUGUAUCAACGGAGCAGUGGGUUGUCAGUGAUUAGUCGAGAGGAAGUUCGCCGCUUCAAGCAGGCGUGGGCGGAAUUCGACCCCAACGGCACCGGUUACAUCACUAGGGAUGUUUUCCCAAGGCUUCUAGGCGAACUCUCUGGCAUUUUCGAAAUGAGAAUCUACGACGGCGAUUUCACUGUGGGUAGAUUGAUCGAGCAAUGCAGCACGACAUCGCGUCGAGCCUCGAACCUCGACUUGUCGGGUCAUGGACCUAAACCAGAAAUCGACCUUGUGAAGCUCAAUCGCUGUCUGGCUGAACUUCCCAUUGCUGAGAUCCGGCGCAGGCGGUCGCGCAUGAACACCUUCUACGAGGAAGUACUGGUAUCAAGUGACCUCGAUAAGGGCAUUCACUUCACCUCACUGCUCAUGAUUCUAGCUCACCACAAGGUGAUCAACGACAACAAGAGCUUGAGAUUAGAGGAGUUUCUACGUCGUCGAGCCCGCCUCCAGCGCGUGGAAGAAGCCGUCCGACGAAACGUAGUCGUAGGCUUCUUCGACACGCUCUACUGGGCACGCCGCUUCCGCCGCGCCAUGGAGCAAAAGAAGCAAGGCCGCAUGGCGACGAUCCCACAGUUCACCGUGCCCGAGAUCUUCAUCGAGGACGAAGACAUCACAGACGCACAGCGCAGCCAACAAACCCCCGGCGGCAGUCCGCUCUUCGCCGCCACCGACCCACAAGAUGCCGACUGGCGCACCUCGGCGGGCAGCGUGGGUACCCCGUCACCACUACAUCUGGAUACAAAUGCUGCGCCGAGAAGUCGCGCCAAUUCUAUCCAGGCCACGCCGCAGGGGUCGCCGAUCCGCGCCGAGGCUGACGCCGACUGGCAGUUUGCUUCUGCGCUCAGUCGCCCGCCUAGCCCGCUCGAACCAGAUCCAGGGCCGGCGAGUCGCAGCCGAGCGAACAGCGCGGUCAGCGCGGUCAGCGCGGCAGAUGUCUUGGAGGUUCUGGACAAUUCUGCCUGGGGUGAGAGUAUUCGGAGGAGUUUUACACACAAGGGACGUAACUAG